AGUUCAAUCACAGGUAAACUGCCUGUUCUUCAACAUCUCUCAACACACAAAUGAAAUUUGACAAGCCAUUUUGUUGGAGAUGCUGUCACUAGCCAGCUGACUUAAGUGAUCCAAUAUAGCUGUCAUCGAUAUUAUUUGUACAACAGUGCAAAUUUUGAAUUUAAGUUAACAUAGUGCUUAAAGUUAAAAAAUUAAACUUGUAUUGCUGUUUCUUUGUGAAGAUUUUUAAUUCACACUCAUCAAUUCCAUUAAUAUAGAGUUACUUCUUGAAUUGUACGAAUAUGCCACCGGUUGAUAACACUCCAACUAUAAAUAUGAGAAAUUUUGAACUUUUAUAUUCUUUACAAGCCUACAACAGGAUUCCUGUUUCGGAAUAUGUAUCAAAAGAAACAGGAAUUACCGUAGUUAUAGCAGAAGUGGAAGGACCUAUUGUAAAUGGUUACUUUUGUUUAGCAACGGAAGCUUUUGAUGAUGAUGGCUUACCACAUACUUUGGAGCAUCUUAUAUUUUUGGGAAGUGAAGAUUACCCCUAUAAAGGUGUAUUAGAUUUAUUGGCAAAUAGAUGCUUAGCUUCUGGUACAAAUGCUUGGACUGAUACAGACCAUACUUGUUAUACUAUGGAAACAGCUGGGAGUGAAGGCUUUUUAUCAUUAUUGCCCAUAUAUUUAGAGCAUAUUUUAUAUCCUACUUUACAUGAUGAAGCAUUUGUUACUGAAGUCCACCAUAUCACCCCAGAAGGUACUAAUGCUGGUGUAGUGUAUUGUGAAAUGCAGGGCAGGGAAAAUUCUGCCGAGAGCCGAAUGUACUUAACUGUUGCUAGGAAUAUUUAUCCUGGAAAAUGCGGAUAUUCAUCCGAAACUGGAGGAAUUAUGAAAAAUUUAAGAGAAUCUACAAAUAAUGUGAAAGUAAAAAAUUUCCACAAGGAAUUUUAUCGCCCUGAAAAUUUAAAAAUUGUUAUAACUGGACAAGUAAAACCCAAUGAAGUGUUUAAAGCUUUGGAAAAAUUAGAAACUAAAAUUAUAUCUAAGGGACCAAGAGGACCUUUCCAACGACCAUGGCAGUCUCCAGUACCUCCAUUAACUGAACCAAAGGAUAUUGUAGUAAAAUAUCCUUCAGAUGAGGAGAAAAAUGGUUUAUUCUGUUUUGCUUGGAGAGGUGCUUCUUCUGUUACUUCUUUAUACAUUGUUCAAGCUACGCAAUUAUUAUUAAAAUAUUUGACUGAAUAUUCUGUGUCACCUCUACCAAAGCAGUUUGUCGAGAUUGAAGACCCGUAUGCCAGUAAGGUAUCAUACACUGUUAUGGAAAAUUCAGAAAUUUGUUUUUCUAUCCUGCUUGAGGACGUUCCUAUUGAAAAGUUGUCAGAGGUAGGGCCACAAUUGAAAGAAGCAUUGAAAAAUAUCAUAAAAAAUAAAAGUAUAGAUAUGGUUCAACUACAUAGUAUUAUCAACAAAUAUAAAUUGGAAAGUUUGAGCAGUUUGGAAAAUUCUCCGCAUUACACCAUUGCAUUUAUGAUUCUCGGACAUAUGUUGUAUGGACACACCAAAGAAGAUUUAGAGCAACGUAUAAACCCUCUCACAGAUAUAUCAAAACUUUUAGAAGAACCUCAAUCUUUCUGGUUAGAUCUUUUGGAUAAAUAUCUUGUUAAAAACAGACAAUACGUGUCUCUUCAAUGUCACCCUAGUAUAGAAGAACAACAAACAAUGUCAAAUAAAGAAAAAGAAAGAAUAGAACAACAGAUACAAACCCUUACGGAAACUGGUUUGAAGAUGAAGGGUGAAAUUUUGGCAAAAGCUAUUGAACAUAACGAAAGAGAACCUCCUCAAGAUAUGCUUACCUCUGUACCGAUUCCUAGUUUAAAUUCAAUUAAAUUUCACAAUAUCGAAAGGUUUAGUAGUGAUUCGAAGUCGUUUCAUAAGAUUGAUCUGAGUAAUACACCGGUUUUUACUUAUUUUGAUCAUCUGAAGACAAAUUUUGUUUACAUUUUCGCCGCACUGGAUACUUCUAAAGUGCCUUCCGAUCUAAAAAUAUAUCUUCCCCUUCUUCUGGAAUCUAUCCUCGAAUUACCUCUAGAACGCGAUGGAUUAAUAAUUCCUUAUGAAACCGUUGUGGCCCAAUUAAACGACGAUACCGUUAACGCCGCUACAUCUCUAGGUCUCAGUAAAAGCGGAUUGUUCACGUGCGGAUGUUAUUCCACAACGGCAACGGCCGUUUUACAAGUCGAGGCGGCCAAAUACGAAAUCGGUCUGAGAUGGUUAAGGGAAAUUCUAUACAAAACUAUAUUUACAGUUGAUAGAUUGAAAGUAAUCGCCAAUAAGAUAAAUAAUUCUGUGGCGCAGUAUAAACGUAAAGGUAGAAGCAUGGUUUCGUAUAUAAUGAGAGGUUUAUGUUUUUCAGAAGAUAGCAAUUAUUUGAAAAAUGGUGUGCUGCAGCAAAAUAAAUUUUUGGAUUAUGUUCUUUCCAAACUGGAUGGUGAUUCCUCUAAAGAGAUUUUAGAAAAUUUGGAAAAAGUGAGAAGUAUUAUAACAGAUCCGUCGAAUAUGGUAUUGUACUUAGCUGGAAACUUGGAACUUUUGAAAAAUCCAACACUACCACUUAAUAAUUUUUUUCCUUCAGAUCUUAACGUUAUACAGAAACAACAAAAAUUAUUUGUUACACCAGACAGUAAAUUAUUAAAAGAGAUCGAUGAUCCCAAACAGGGUUGUAUUGUAGGAAUGGGGUGUUUAGAAUCGUCUUUUUUUCUACAGUCAACUAAGAGCAUAUCAUCUUAUGAUAAUCCAGAUUUACCAGCUCUGAUGUUAUACUUGCAAUAUUUAACCCAAUGUGAGGGUCCUCUGUGGAAGCAAAUCCGUGGCAAAGGUUUUGCUUACGGUUAUUCGAUGAUGAUUAAAGUAACCGAAGGUUUAUUGCAUUUAGUAUUUUACAGAGCCACUAACGUAGUGGCUGCUUAUAAGGAAACCAAAGAUAUAGUUUCCAAACAGCUAUCGAAUAAACAAUGGGAUGAAUCUUUAUUAGAUUCCGCCAAAAGUUCGAUUAUUUUCGAAAUUAUCGACAAAGAAAAAACCACCGGUGACGUUGUGGAUUUAUCUUUCACGACUUAUUUUAAUAAAGUCGAUUAUAAAUACAAUAGGACUCUUUUGGAAACAAUAAAUAAAGUAACGCCCGAAGACUUGAAUAGAGUAGGGGAUAAAUAUGUCGCUUCUUUGUUUGAUCCGAAACAAGUCAAGACUGCCAUAGUUACAGAUCCAACGAAACUAGAUGAAAUUUCUGAUGGGUUUAAGAAAUUGGAUUUCGAUUUGAAAUGUUAUACUUCGCUGGAAGAAAGUUUUUUAAAUAAAAUUUAAAAUCUACGCGUACAAUUGAUAUAUGAUAUUCUUAGUAUAUAUUUACAUUUAUGCAAAAGGCUUUAAAGUAUAUUUUAUUAAAAAUAACGAUUCAUGUAUAUUUUUUCAGUUUUUCUAUACUAUACAUAAAUAACUAUCCAAAUCCAAACAAAAAAUUUAUUAAUUGGAUAUUUCGGUAUAGUUAUUGUAAAUUGCUGAUUAUAAUUCGUUAUAAGUAAUAACUCAUAUACUCUAAAUAUUAUUUGUGCUUCAAAAUUAUGAAGUAUUCUAGAAAUUCCUUUGUCAAACUCUUUAUUGUAGUUCGAAGACGUUUCUUCUUCUACAUCUUCUUGAAACUCUACCAAAUACCAUUGUAUCUUCACGUAUAGCUUUUAGUACCCAACAUAGAUGAAGAUACCAAUUAAGAUCACUUAUAAUCUAACUGGAGGCGACGCAAAUUUAUAAUGCAAAUAAUUUUAAGAUUUUCUUUUUCCUUACUGUAUCAGUUCUUCUUUUUCCUUAUGUCUUUUAUCACUUUUCUUAUUAUGCUUGUUGUGUUUGCCUUUUUGUGUGUCUACCAGUUUACAUUUUUUAACCAUUUUUCUUUUUUGUUCCCUAUUUAAGCUUUUCCUAUUUAAAUCCAACAGAUUUUACAUGUUUUGUUAUAUUGUUUUAUCGAUUCUUUUAUUUUCAUUAUUAUCAUUUUAUGUCAAAUAUUUUCUCAAGAUCAACGAAACAGGCUCAAUCUACAUAACAAUUAUCAGUUUAAAUAAAAAAAUCUUUUGUAAAAAUCAACCGAUUUGAUUUUUAUCGGUUUAUUUAUAAAUAAUAUCGUUUCUUUUUGACAUUUUAUUAAGACAUCUGAUUAAUGUUAUUAUUAAUUAUCACUAAACACCCACAGUAUUUUUUCCAUUAUUAUUAUUAGUAUAGAUUAGAUAAUAACGAUUUUAUCAUUGAAUUUUUGAACAAAAACAAUUUUUUUUAAUUCACCUCCAAACAAGAGAGUAAAAUAAUGAAUAAUAAAACGCACGACCAAUGGCCCGACUAAUAUAUUUUUUUAAAUUCUUUAUUUCUAAAUGAUCGAAAACUUCAAGUAUUCAAGUAACAGAUCUUCUUCUGAUUCUGAGUUUUUUUAAAUCAUACCUAAUGACAUUAAAUAAUUUCCCACA